ACGACUAACUUAACCAGUUAAGCCUCAAUCUCUCCUCUUUUCGGUUGCGAAUUGCGAUACAAACACAGAAAGAGAGAGGGAUCGGGCAUGUCGUCACACAACAAUUCUUCAUCGUCGGCGAACGAUCCACGCCAGCCAUCGGCGGCGAAGCCUUACGCGCCGCCUAUGGUUUUGCCUCAAGAUCUUCCUGUCGAUUACGCUGGUUUCAUCGCCGUUAUUUUCGGAGUUGCUGGCGUCAUGUUCAGGUACAAGCUUUGCUCAUGGCUUGCAAUCAUAUUUUGUGCCCAAUCACUUACCAACAUGAGAAAUAUUGAGAAUGAUCUGAAACAGGUUUCCAUGGCCUCCAUGUUUGCAAUCAUGGGUUUGGUGACAAACUACUUGGGGCCUACACGACCCAGUGCACAAACACAAAAGUGAGAUUCCUUCACUGAGAGAUUAGAAGAGAAAUAGUGACAAUUUAGGUCCUUUUCAUUUAAUGAUAAUUAUUGAUUCUGAAGGCUAAGUUUAUUGACUGGUGAGUGCUGAUGUUACGAAUAUGGAGGGAACUGUGUACCUAUAAUGUUGAAAUUCGUGUCUCGACUCAAGCUUUGCAAUUUCUCUAGUUUGAAAUGCUUUAACAAUAUUUUCUCAAA